UGUGACUGAGUGUGGGUGCUGGCGCAUGUGCAGUGUCGGUCCUGUAGCGGGACAAAGGCAGUGUGACUGAGUGUGGGUGCUGGCGCAUGUGCAGUGUCGGUCCUGGAGCGGGACAAAGGCAGUGUGACUGAGUGUGGGUACUGGCGCAUGUGCAGUGUCGGUCCUGGAGCGGGACAAAGGCAGUGUGACUGAGUGUGGGUGCUGGCGCAUGUGCAGUGUCGGUCCUGGAGCGGGACAAAGGCAGUGUGACUGAGUGUGGGUGCUGGCGCAUGUGCAGUGUCGGUCCUGGAGCGGGACAAAGGCAGUGUGACUGAGUGUGGGUGCUGGCGCAUGUGCAGUGUCGGUCCUGGAGCGGGACAAAGGCAGUGUGACUGAGUGUGGGUGCUGGCGCAUGUGCAGUGUCGGUCCUGGAGCGGGACAAAGGCAGUGUGACUGAGUGUGGGUGCUGGCGCAUGUGCAGUGUCGGUCCUGGAGCGGGACAAAGGCAGUGUGACUGAGUGUGGGUGCUGGCGGCUGAAGGAACAAGAGUAGAGGAAAGGCUGAGCAGGUCUGGCAGCAGGUGUCGAGAGGAAGCGGAGGAAACGUUUCGGGUCGAGUGAUCCUUCUUCAGAACAGGAGCAGAUUUCAGAAACAUCUCGGGGAGGUCACCGGGUGCGAGCGCCAAGCCCUCGCUCCAGCCCCCGGGGAGAAACGACAGUGAGACAGGGUCCUUCAAGGAGGGGCGACUGACCCAUAGGGCAAGGAAUAUCUUUUCCAGGAUUGUGUUCCUGACAAGUGAGGCAUCCAUCACUUACUUGUUGAGCCAUCUGCUGUAUGCGCGGAUGUCACCAGGCAUUCAAAAGCAAGUCAGAUGUUGAGCGAGCACCACAAGCAUUUGAAGAUGGAUGUUUUAAAAUGAACAGAUGAAGGGCUUAUGCCCAAAAUGUUGACACUCCUCCUAGAAUGCUGCCUGACCCGCUGUGCUUUUCCAGCGCCGUACUUUUCGACUGACUCUCCAGCGCCUGCAGUCUUCACUUUGACGUCAAUGUCUGACAGUCACUCAAGCCAUUGGGAUCACAACAAUUUUCAACUAUGAUUCUGUGAGAAGGAGCGAAGCUUUUUGGCUCCAGUUUGAGUACGGUUUUGUCAUCAGUGAGAGACCCUACUGUUGCAGCGCACUAACUGUGGAGAUAUACAACCCGGAAAGAGGAAUUCACGGCAGGGAGGGGGCUCCACAUGCAUUGAUGUGCGGCUGAAACUUUGGCCAUGGAGAAACCUGAGGAACCCUGCCAUUUGGAGAAACCAUGGAAGUGUGGUGACUGUGGGAAAGGCUUCCGUGUUCCGUCUGCCCUGGAGACUCAUUGGCGCAGUCACACCGGGGAGAGGCCGUUCUCCUGCCCCAUCUGUGGGAAGGCCUUCAGCAAUUCCUCUGCCCUGCUGACCCACCGGCGGGUCCACACGGGGGAGAGGCCCUUCAGCUGCCCCAUCUGCAGGAAGGCCUUCAGCAAUUCCUCUGCAUUGCUGACCCACAAGCGAAUCCACACGGGGGAGAGGCCCUUCAUCUGCCCUGUGUGUGGGAAAUCCUUCAGCAAUUCCUCUGCCCUGCUGAGACACCAGUGGAUCCACACAGGGGAGAGGCCCUUCAGCUGCCCCGUGUGCAGGAAGGCUUUCAUCAAUUCCCGUAACCUGCUCAGGCACCAGCAGGUCCACACGAGGGAGAGGCCCUUCAGCUGCCCCGUGUGCAGGAAGGCUUUCAGCAAUUCCCCCAACCUGCUGAGGCACCAGCGGGUCCACACAGAAGAGAGGCCCUUCACCUGUCCUGAGUGCGGCAAGGGCUUUACCCAGGCCUUCGCCCUGCUGACCCACCGGCGGAUCCACAGUGGGGAGAGGCCCUUCAGCUGCCCCGAGUGUGGGAAGGCCUUCAAUAAUUCCUCCAACCUGCUGAAGCACCGGCGAGUCCACACGGGCGAGAGGCCCUUCAGCUGCCCCGAAUGUGGGAAGGCCUUCAGCAAUUCCUCCAACCUGCUGAAGCACCGGCGGGUCCACACAGGGGAGAGGCCCUUCAGCUGCCCCGAGUGUGGGAAGUCCUUCAGCAAUACCUCCGCCCUGCGGACUCACCGGCGCGUCCACACGGGAGAAAGACCCUUCAGCUGCCCUGAGUGCGGGAAAGCCUUCAGCAAUUCCUCUGAUAGGCAGAAGCACCAGCGGGUCCACACAGGAGAGAGGCCCUUCAGCUGCCCCGAGUGUGGGAAGGCGUUCAGCGAUUCCUCCACCCUGCUGAGGCAUCAGCGGGUCCACACAGGGGAAAGGCCCUUCCGCUGCCCUGAGUGCGAGAAGGCCUUCAGCGAUACUUCCUCUCUGCUAAGACACCAGUGGGUCCACACGGGGAAAAGGCCGUUCACCUGCUCUCAAUGUGGGAAGGGAUUCACCCACUCCUCCCACCUGCGGAGCCACCAGCAAAUUCACGCAUCAUUGCAGACGGAUUGAAGGAGCGAUCACCGAGUGCCAUUAUUGACUGGACUUUCAACCCAGUUCCUGGACCUCCCGGAUUCAAAUCCCACUGUGGCAGAUGGUGGAAUUGGAAUUUCAUAAUGAAUUGGAUAUGAGUUUAAGAGGUAUCGUUAGUAUCAUUUAUAUAAAUGAGGAAAACUAUUGGACCCAGCACCGAUCCUUGUGGCAUACAACUGAUCACAGGCCUCUAAUCUGAAAAAUAACCCUUCACCACCACCCUCUGUCUUCUAUCUUCGAGCUAAUUCUGCAUCCAAAUGGCUAGUUUUUCCUUACUCCAUUAGAUCUAACCUUGCUAACCAGUCGAAAGCCUGUCUGAAGUCCAUUUUGAUCACAUCCACCUCUCUGCUCUCUCAAAUUCUCUCAUCAAUCUCUUCAAAAAGCUCAAUCAAGUUAGAUUGUCAGACAUAACUUCCCACGCACAAAACCACAUUGACGAACCCUGAUCAGUCCUUGCCUUUCCAAAUCCAUUUCCCUACAUUCUAUAUCUUCCAUAUCCUUUUUCACAGUAAGCACUGAUGCAAAAUACUUGCCUAGUAUCUCCCCCAUCUCCACACACAGGCCAUCUUGCUGACUUUGAGGGGCCUUAUUCUCUCCCUAGUUAUGCUUUUGUUCUUAAUGUAUUUGGAAAAACCCUUAGGAUUCUCCUUAACUCUAUUUGCCAAAGCUAACUCAUGUUCCCUUUUUGCCCUCCUGAUUUCCCUACUGCCUUUAUACUCUUCUAAGGAUUCACUUGAUCCAUCCUGUCCAUACCUUACACGUUUCCUUCUUUUUCUUAACCAAACCCUCAAUUUCUUUCAUCAUCCAGCAUUCGCUAUACCUACCAGCCUUUCCUUUCACCCAAACAGGAACAUACUACCUCUGGACUCUCGUUGUCUCAUUUCUGAAAACUUCCCAUUUUCCAGCCAUCCCUUUACCUGCGGACAUCAGCUUUUGAACAUUCCUGCCUGAUACCGUCAAAAUUGGCCUUUUGCCAAUUUAGAACUUCAACUUUUAGAUCUGGUCUAUCCUUUUGCAUCACUGUUUUAAAACUAAUAGAAUUAUGGUCUCUGGUCCCAAAAUGCUCCCCCACUGACACCUCAGUCACUUGCCCUGCCUUUUUCCCAAGAGUAGGUCAGGUUUUGCACCUUCUCUAUAGGUACAUCCACAUACUGAAUCAGAAAAUUUUCUUGUUCAUGCUUAACAAAUUCCUCUCCAUCUAAACCUUUAACACUAUGGCAGUCUCAGUCUAUGUUUGGAAAGUUAAAAUCCCCUAGCAUAACCACCCUACUCUUACAAAUAACUGAAAUCUCCUUACAAAUUUGUUUCUCAAUUUCCUGCUGACUAUUAUGGGGUCUAUAAUACAACAAUAAUCAAUGGUGAUCAUCUGUAUCUUAUUUCUCAGUUCCAUCAAAACAAACUCCCUGGAUGUAUUUCUGGGAAUAUCCUCUCUCACUACAGCUGUAAUGCUAUCCCUUAUCAAAGUGCUACCCUCCGCUCCCCCC